GAGAAACAGAACUGUCAUUCUGCCUUUGAUCUUCCUGGUUUGGUGAGGAGCACCUUAGACCUUUUCGUUGGAGGAUCACAAUCAACCAGCCUUACCCUAAAAUAUGGACUUCUGGUUCUAAUGAAGUAUCCAAAAGUACACGAGAAAAUUCUUCAAGAAAUUGAUUCUGUGAUUGGCCCAUCCCAAACACCCUGCAUGUCAGAUCUUGAUAAGAUGCCCUACACGGAUGCUGUAAUCCAUGAAAUUCAUCGGUGCAUAGCUCUGGUGCCACUGAAUGUGCCACAUGCUGUGAACAAGGAUAUUUUCUUCAGGCAAUAUUUCAUUCCCAAGGGAACUACUGUAUUUCCGGCUGUGAAAUCCUCUUUGUAUGACAGUAGAGAAUUCCCUAACCCACAACAAUUUGAUGUUGGGCACUUCUUGGACAAGAAGGGAGCUCUGAGAAAGAGCGAAUUCUUCAUCCCUUUUUCCACAGGCAAGCGGGAAUGUCUAGGCAAGAAAUUGAUAGACAUCAUAAUAUUUGUCACCCUGACAACUAUUUUGCAGCAUUUUACUCUGAAGCCGUUGGGAGGUCCUGAUGACCUUGAUACCACACCAACAUCUGGAUUUCUGACAGUUGCCCCCAAAUCCUACCAGCUCAGUGUUGCCCCUCGUUAAACAGAAACACUCAACCAACCUCAUGGCUCCAAAUACUGCAACUGUUUU